UCACAAUUAAUGGUUGUUUUUCCUUCCUUUUUUAACAUUAAGAGUUUUAAAUUGACAGUUUCAGGAGCUGUUUGUGCGACCACUCUGGCAAGGAAUGGAAUUUCUGUGACCCUUUUUGACUCUGCUAGAGGUCCGGGUGGCCGCAUGUCUCAAAGAAGAGAGAUAACUGAAGAUGGGAAAGAGCUGUUGUUCGACCAUGGUGCUCCUUAUUUUACAGUAACGAAUCCUGAUGUGCUGAGUGUUGUGGCUGAGUGGGAAUCAAGUGGCCUUGUUGCUGAGUGGAAAAUAAAUUUGGGGUCUUUUGAUUGUUUCUCCAACAAAUUUGUCAACUUUGAACACCAGGAAAGACGAAGCAAGAAAUAUGUUGGUGUGCCUGGAAUGAAUUCCAUUUGCAAAACAUUAUGCCAUGAGCCUGGAGUAGAAAGUAAAUUUAAUGUGGGUGUCGGGAAGUUUGAAUGGUUAGAGAACGAGAAUUUAUGGUUGUUGACGGGUUUGGAUGGACAGAAUCUUGGUCAUUUUAAGGGAGUGGUUGCAUCAGACAAAAACAUUGUUUCCCCAAGGUUUACAGAAAUAACAGGACAAUUACCCCCUCUUGACUUGAGUUUGGCUCCAGAGUUGGUGAAACUGCAAAAUAUUCCUGUUAAUCCUUGUUUUGCUCUAAUGCUAGCAUUCACCGAUCCUUUACCUAUGGUACCAGCAAAGGGCUUCUCGUUCACCAAUUCUAAGGUUUUAAGCUGGGCUUACUGUGAAAGCAGCAAGCCAGGGCGUUCUUCCACAAGUGAACGAUGGGUAUUGCAUUCAACAAUGGAGUAUGCAAAGGAUGUGAUUGCUCAAACUGGCCUUCAGAAACCUUCAAGAGAAACAUUAUCAAAAGUGGGCAAUGAAAUGCUCCAAGAAUUUCUAGGCACAGGUCUCAGUAUUCCGCAACCAUUUUUCAAGAAAGCUCAUAGAUGAAUGUGGCCUGGUGUUUCUCUUCUAGCUGAUUCUCAGGACAAUUGUUGGCUUAAUAUUACAACUGAUUAAGAACAUUUUAGAUGGAAAAAAAAAGAAGAAGAAGAAACUAGAAGAAGAAAUGAUGGAGACCGGAAAGGAGAUGUUUGAAAUAAGGAUCUUAGCUUGUAAUUUUGUUUUAUUUUAUGAGUUAAAUUGUCAUCUUUAUAUAGAUUUAGGUAAUUUUUUGUGUUGAAUCGUCAUCUUUAUGUAGAUUUAUAUUUUUUCGUUCCAUGUUAUGAGUUCAAUUGUCAUGUUUGAAAUAAAGACUAAUCUAAUAAUAAUCCUGCUGAUUUCAGCUGAUGAGCUUGUUUUUAGUGUAUUUAAAUGUUAAAUAUUGUAGUUGUGACUGUCUUAACGAAUAAAUGACACUUGUUCUUAAAUAAGUUGUACUAGCAUUCAAGUUCAGAUAAAUUUUUGUUGGCCUCUGUUAGCUGAUGGAGGAUGCUGGCAGCAACCAUCAAAGGUGUUUGAAAGGCCUGCUAAGCUGGUUUUAAUGUCCAAGCCUUAAUUUGGAUGAUGUCCUAUGAUGGGAAGCUUAGUUAUGAGCUUGAAUAGGCUGUCAUUAGUUGACAUUGAGUUUUACUUGUAUGUAUCUUUGAGUUAAGAAGUAGUAGGAUUUAUUUUAGUCUUUUUUUUAUGUCCUAUGAGUCGUUUGGAAUUAAUCUUGCUAGUUUCCUAUAUAGUGUCCGAGUCAUCAAUAAAGGCUCAGUUUUGCCCAAGUGGUUAACAAGCAGUUGUACUCUGUGUUUGUGUCAAGUAAAGCAAGCUAUCAACCUUAAAUGUGACGCUUGGAGAACCUAGAGAAAAGCUAAGAAUUCUGUGUCUUUUUUCUUUCUUCUCCAAUUUCUGGAACUCAACUUAAAAUUUCUUAUCUGUAAGCAAUUAUUUUAAUUCCAUAUGACCCUAAAUACCUCCUUUUCCAAGGACCAAUCAUAACUAAAUCAAUUCGCUAUUAAAAUUCAAGUCUAGGAUCCAAAGCACAUUCCUUGGGUGCUGUUCACAAAACUGGAUAGCAUUCAAGGAAUCAGCUAAACACCUGGUUUGUCUGUACAGUCUAAACCCUGUAUGAGUCCUUUGCGCACCAGAAGUAUUAUCUAUAUUAAUCUCCAUCCAUUUUUCCCUCGAAUAACCCUAGGAAAUAACUUUCAAAAUACUUAACAGCAUUCUGUCCUGCAUCACUGGUUCAGCUCUGGAUAGCAUUUUCAUCUUUCAUGUUAAUAUCAUUUUUCAACAACAAAAUUCAUACUUUCUGGGAUGCAUAUUGCAGCUGCUCUGCAUCAUCACACUCUGUCAGAAAUGGGGUCUAUAAAUUCUCUUACGUGCUCGAUAUUUCUACUGUAUUCCUUUCUUUGUUUGUUGUCUGUUUUGUUAGUUACUUCAGACUUGGUUGCUGUUUUUCAGCCUGUUUCUUUUUCUUUUUCUUCUCAUUGUCAAACUAACCUGCUUUGAUUUGGUUACAGAUUUACAUAUAUGAAAUGCUUUGAAAGUCAUCGUUUUCUUUUAAUAUGCUUAAAUGCAAUAACCCACAAGUGUAGCAAUCAUCCUGACCUCGGUCUCUCUCUGUCGGUCUGUUCCUCUGUACUUCUCAUAUGAUAUGGAAACAAGUUACAGAAUAAGAAUAUUUUUCUUUCAUUUACGACGAGGAUGUUUUUAUCUCAUUAUGUCAUGUUCCACAAAAUUUAUAAACAAAGUAUGAGCUCAUCAUGUCCUGUUGUCUUACA